AUGCUCCUAAAUUUAAGUAUAUCUACCUUCCACAAAUUGGACGCUGCAUCUAGCCGCAUUUUGGACAUUCAUUACCCAGCACGAGGAAUUGUUGCGGUUUUCAUUCAUAUCAGGUAUUUUAAUGAAUUCAAUAUACUUUUAGACAAAUGGAAGAUUAUGCCUCUCCAUGAUUUCAGUCCAUUAGAUCUUUGA